GCGUUCAACGCCGGUUGGCUGAAAAGCAGCAAAGUAACACCGGUUUAUGCGCACAAUGCACCAGCUGGUUCCAAAGGCAAGUUGAGUGGUGGGGGGGAUCUGCUUCCCUGCGAUGACAGACGCUUGUCUUGGCUUUUGUAGGCACUGUAUAUCGGAUGACUGUUCCUGCUGAAGCCUGAACCCGAUCCACUGUGAUACUGCAACGUAUGCUCCUUGUGGGAGUGUGAGAGGUUUAUCAAGUCCGUCAACAUGACUCUGCUGCUGCCCGACGACGACGCGAACUUUGAGGCGCUGGACGCCGCCCUGAGCUUCGUCGAUGCCUACAUUUCGUCUCCAGCGGCGAAUGGCGAGGCGGAGUCUGUGCAGCAGCAGGAUGGGUCGUCCUCGGACGACGCGAUGCUGGGAGACGAAUUGGACGAGUUGCUACGAGCGACGCUCUCGCCGUCGCCGUCAACAAGCUCCACGUCGGGCGGCGAGUUUACUUCGGCUGAGACGCAGCGAGAGCAGCUCGUGCUGCCGUCGCCGCUGGCGCCAAUGACGACCAAUCUCAAGGCUCCCGACGUUGUAAAGGUCAAGGAGAAUGGCCGUCUUCGAGUGCCGGGCGGCUGCCGGAAGUCACAUUGCCAAGCGGUGCCCGACACAAGCGAGGAUAAACCCAAGAAACGGAUCAAGGUAAACCCGAAUCGGGCUCGCAAUGAGCGCAAGAAUGAGCUAGCCUACUUGCGCAACAAGGUCAAGCAAAUGGAGACGGAGCUGGGCGAGCUGCACCGUCAUCACCGCAUCGACAACAACUGUGCGCUAACGGAGCAGACUGAGGCAGGGCAGUCGAAUCAAUCCGUACUAGCUCUCACCGGAGCCAACAGUACCGACGUCCCACCAUUCUGGAGGGACAUGGCUACGCGGCAAAAGUUGCGGAGGGAGAAGGCAGAACGCGAGAAUGCACGCCUAAAGCUUGUUCUGGAAGGUCAGAUCAAACUAGCACGAAGUAUGGAAGCGCUCCUUCAGAAGCGUGCGCGGCAGCAGGUUUCUGAGUGCGCAGGCCACCUCGGCAAGAUCGGAGCACAAGGUCGCACGUUGGACUUUUUGGCAGACAAGAGAACUUUUGACGCACUACUGACCAGCGUUGACGCCGCUUAUCAUGAAGUGGAUCAAGUGUUUGCUACCAAUGGGCUUAUCGACUGCGAAACACCAAACCACGACGCGCGUAUGCGCGAAGGUGCCAACGGCAUGUACCUCGACAUCAACAGCACUAAGCUGCUACCGUUUAGCAAGGACACAGUGGGCGCUACGGUGUGGAACCAUUUUAAGGGAACCGAGAAACACCGCGGUAACCUAUACGAAAAAGCCGCUAAGAAGCUUGAUAACACAGACGGCACGGUGAUGGAGGACUUCAAGAUGGAAUUUAUUGGGAAGACGACGCGAGCGGACUUCCGCGUGAAGCAGGUUUUGCGGCGGUACAUCGAGGCUGAGCGCCAGGUCGUGGUGUGGGUCACGAGUGUACACUCUCUAGACGAGGGGAAGACUCGGCCAUUUGCGGGACUGGGCUUUGCGGAGAAAGGAUAUGCGGUCAUUAAGCAGCCGAAAUCGCAGGCGCUGCUAAAGGCUGGCUUUACGAUCCUGCAGAUGUGCAGCCUCGUCGUUCCUCAGAAAGCUGAGAGCUGUAUCCGGGACGCGACAUCUGUCGGUGCCUUCACCGAGUUCGUGCUGAAUGUCAUUGUUGCGAACACCACGGUCAGCCAGGAGAGAAUUGAGAACAUGCUGCUGGACCAGGCCCUGAAAGGAUCACCCUUGCCAUGAUGUUGUUGGUACUUGUUUUCUACCUUUGCUACAUGUACAAUAGAAUGAUAAUAGAAUUGUUUAUGAUGAUAAGGACUGC